AAUAUAAUCGAAAUAGGUAGGUGCCUAAGGCAUCAUAUCGUGUCAGAGCCAUUGAUCGGAUAUUGAUGCCUCUCUUCAGUAUAACAUGUACCUACCUACGUAGGUAUAUGCGCUCUAUACAUUUGAACCUUGUUCGUUCUGUCUUUUACUCUUUCCAGUUAAUACCACGAAUGAAGCAAAGCAAAGCACACCCGUCAGUUUCGAGCAUCUUGGGAGUCUGUUUUUAGAAACUACGCAAAGACGGUAAAUCAGUUCUUGUUUGGCCUUUGAGCAUCCACAACUUUAAAAGUCUGUCUCUUAAUACCUAAGGACUAUACACGAAUCCUUGAGGGAUUCCCAAUCUGCACCUAUGUACCUGGCUAGUGCCGUUGCCAGACCACCGAUGGAGGGUCAUGCAACUCUGGCUGCGUUCGUGACGCACGCCCCCGACUACCCCGUUCUAAGAAGACCGGGUUGUGUAUCAGAUCCCGCCCUACCACAGCAACAGUCUUAUAGUCAUAAUGGUGCGCUUUACCCGGACGUUUUUGCGAGUGCAUAUUCGUGCCAUUUUCGUCCUCAACUUACUACGCCUCCCCCCAAAGUCAAAAUGUCAGUGAGGCCGAGCUCAUCUAGAGGCCCGGGCUCUCAGAGCUCAUCCAGCAACAGCUUUAAGUACGACAAGAGGAUCUCCAGAGACGAUUCCUUCGUCAACUUCAGGUCAGGGGCCGGAGGUGGAAUUAAACCGUAUAGUCUAGCACGAGGGCAAUUACCCACCCCGGAAGCCAGUCCACGGCCGUCACCUCCACGAAAAGCCUCAAUUCCAACCAUCAGGAUGCCUACCCCCGAGUCUCUUAACGAGAGCCAUCCCGCAGAGAUCGGCAUGGCUCUCGGAAGUCCCACAACUACACCGGUGCAUGGCCUGCGAACGCCGCAGAAUACUCUUAGGGUCCGAAAUGCUUCAAAUCCGUCUUUAGUCUCACCUGCAUCUGGUUAUAGUACUACAGGAUCUCUACCUAGAAAACAGUCAGGGAAAUGGAAGUUAUUUAGUAGGUUCGGGAAGAAGCAAUCAGACCAUUCACACCCAGGACCGAGCGAACAAAAAGCCACCCACAAACCAGAGCAGCCUCAGGAUAUGGCAUCUCAACAUUGGUAUGAUACGAAAGUGGAGAGAAGUAACACUACUGCUACACGGGGGACACCGAGGCAUAAACCGUUGGUAGUAAGGUCUCAAACAAUGCCCUACGAUACGGAAAAUCCAGCACAGAAAUCGAAGUCGACUCUAAGUGAAAAGAAGUCUCAAGAGACAUUUGGCAGAAUACCUAUAGCGUUAGACACGCAUCAGAAUUCGUCUGGUCCUUUAUUGGAUGUUGAGAUACCUAGGAUCACCAUGGAAAGAUACAGCGUAAUGUUUGGAAGCGUGUUGCAGUCGCAACCUUCUUUAUUAGCCAGACGGCAAGCUACAGUUCAGAAGCUCAAAAGUAUUGACGACGCGAUAGAGAAAGAAGAGCAGGAGGGACACCACGAUAUUCCAAGGAGAGCAUCAUCACCCCAGCCGACGACGAAGUCACCGCCGCUCGCUUUAUUUCCUCCGACUCCCCCACAAAAGCACGGAUAUCACCCGUCUUCCAAUGCAUCACCACGCUUAAGAUCUAACACUUCUCCGGCACAUCUUCCGUCACCAUCUCGAGAGACUUUUGACCAUUCAAGGUCUAGGCAACAGCCAUCCCACGAUGUUCAAAAGGCCUAUCACCACAAGGGGCAUUCUAUCCACACUCAUCCAAGGGGAAAACUUACUAUUGCAACUCUAGCUAGAGCAAGGGAGCAACAGGCUGCCGAAAAGGAUGUUCAAUUCAGUCCGGACUCAUCAAAAUUAAUAUUAGAAUCACCAUCGGAGAUGUCAUCCCCCGAAUUCGAGGUAGUCAGAACAGAAGGUUUGCGACCAAGGCCUACUUAUACACAAGAGCCAAAAUGGCAGAUGAUGACACCGCCUCAACAUACACCACCUUCAACUACAUCUACAUCCGCAACAAGUGAUAAGAAGCCUCUGCCUUCAUCCCCAGAAACAUCUGCGCAGUCAAACCCGAGCCAAGUAUCGGACGAUGAAGAUGAUAUAGUAGACAGCUCUAAAAUGAAUCCGGUGGAGUUGUCGAUCGCCAGACAAAUAUCGAUAUCUAGACAACAGCGGAAAAUGCUGAAGCCAUUACAAACCGGUUCCGGGUUAGCUCGAACACAAAGAAGCCCCUCAAAGACAAGCCCUGCGCCAAGGAUAGCCAUGGGCAAGAAUGAGAGGCUCGCGGAGACGAAAUCCUCAACACCGACGUUGAUUACCCCCGAGGAAAUAAGCCCUGGGGGUCACUCACCCUUAGCGCGUCAUCGAAAGAGCGAGCGCGUUGUUCUAGAGCGAGCGUAAUAUAUCGCUCGAGGCACAUUUAUUCGCGUAUCUAUUCUGCCUACAUCUUUACAGUACCAUUUCAUUACAUACCCUAUCGAGAUCGGAUUUGGCUUCUACCAGGCGUUAUUAAUGACGCCUACCAUUGGAAAUUAGCAUGUUAUAGACAGGCUUGGAAACAUUUUUGGAAGGGGGGAAUUUAUUUGCUUUUAUUUGUUCAGGAUAUACCCCCGGGAGAAGAAAGAAGAGUCUGCGACUCGCAUUGUCAUGCAAUAAUAUUUAUUUUGUUGAAAGAGAAGAAUCAGAAAGGACCAAACGCACAGUAUGCCUUGACGGUAGUCGUUUGGGAUCUUAAUUUGCGGAUGUUGAAUGCAGAUAGAGGAAUAAUCCAGAAGAUAGAAUGAAACAGGACCAUGGGGAGGAUAGGGUCGAGGUAUAUCCUCUAAAUCUAGAUACCUAGUCCUCGGUGGUUAAAUACAAACCACUUCUACCCCUAUAAAUAUUGAGUGUUU